UUCUAAGCCCACAAAGCUGUCACCAUGUGUUGUAAUUGAUAAUUAUAAUUCAAGUGGAGGGAUUUCUAGAUGUUGUUCGAUAGAAAAAUUAGUACCAUUAGCACAGCUCUUUGGAACAUGGGAAGUAGAUGUAUCUGUUGAGGAUAAUUCUGAUUUUAAAUUAUAUGAAUAUGGUGAUAACUGUGCUGUACAUUCCUGGAAAAUUGCUGGAAGGAAUGUUCAAGUACCAUGUCUUGGCCUAAAAUCCUGUACAUCAUUCACAGAAAUUGAUGAUUUUGCUUCUGGAGCUUCAAGCAAGGAUCAGGAAACCACAUUAAAAUUAUUUGCAAAGUGGAUUUCAAAACUUGCUGAUUCUGGAAGUGAUGAUGAAAAGAAAAGAUUAACAUGUCAUCUGACACCCAUGUUAAAUUCAUCAUCAAAAUAUUAUAAAACUACUAUACCUGAAAAAAUACCUAGCCUUUUACUCGUAAAAAUUGCUAUGAAAUCAAAUGACAAUGGCUUUGAUAAUAGCCUAUCAACUGAACAAAUAAAUUUAAAUGCUGAUAAUUACAAAAAUUUUGGAGAACAAUUAGGUAUUACCAUUUGGAAUUCACGCCAAAAACUUGGACAAAAUAUUUCCAUCUUAGAAAAUCCUACUUCUUUGAAUGAGUAUCAUAAUGCUUUUCCAAAAACAUUGACCAAUUUUUUUAAUAGUUUGAUUGGUUCUAUAAAACAGAAAAAACAUCAGAUUGCUGAAAGAAAGAGAAGGCAGAAUACUUCCUCAGUUUUGAAGACCACAGCAUUUAUUGCUUCAAUUAUCCUUACUAUUGCAUUUCCACAUUGGAAAAUAUGGUUGACUCAUGUGAUGGCUUCACUUUGUCGUAGACCUAAGAUGAUUUCAACACUGCAAAAAAUACUUCAUGCAGACAUUACCUUUCAUCAUGGCAAUAUUUAUGAUGCAUAUAGAAAUUCUGCUCAUGCUACUUUAAGGAUGGUCUUUCAGUUCCAGCUUCCAUUACCAAUAAAUUCAUUCUUACAAAUUAAUCAUCCACAAACUCACAAUUUGGAACUAUUUGGAAAAUCAUCUUUUAUAAAACAAUGGGAAGGAACUAUUGAUAAUAUUUUUCAGGAGCUUCUUGGAAUGUAUGAAAAUGAUUUUGAUCUCCAGGACAUUAGUGGUCAAGUUGCCUCAAAAAUUACAAUAGGCUGCAAAGUUUCACCCCCAAAUGUUGUAAUUCUUAAACCAGGACCUGCACCUAAAAGUGACAAAGCAGUUUUUGACUCAAUAGAUAUGUAUAUUGAUGAACUUGAACAAGAACUUGAUGAAGCAUUUGAUCUUCCAGAUCCUACAAAACAUGAAUUUUUUAAAAAUGCAAAAGAAAUAAAUCAAUCUGGUUUUGUAAGGAUGUUUGAAUGUCAUGAAAAAGGAAUAGGCUGUCUCAUUAAAAUCUUGAAACAAGAUGUUUAUAAAAUAGAAAGACGUUCUACUGUUGGUAGGCAGUCUAAAAAUCUAGCUAAAGUUACACUUAUUGAACAAAAUAAAUACACUCGAGAACAAAAUCAAAUUAGAAGAACAAGCAAUGAAGCAGUAGAAAUUAAUGAUGACUUACCAGAUACAGAUACAAUGGAAGGAAUAUUAUCUACAAGGAAUGAAAUGGUACAAGCAGAAAUCCCAACACCAAAACUAAGAAGAUCAAAUUAUACAGAAGGAGAAUUGAGUAUUCUUCAAGAAUUAUUUAAUCAUCCUACAAAAUUACCAAAGGAGAUUGAUGCUAUAUUAUAUGUAACUGAACAUUCAGAAUCACUAGUAAAAAAUUAUUUCUUAGUAGAAGCUAUUGGAAUUGGCAGACCUACAUAUAAGAAUGACAAAAUACCAUAUCAACAUAUUAACCAUUAA